AUGCUUCAGAAAGGCGAUCGGGACAACUUCACCAAAUCGCUCCAGGUUCCCCAUUUCGAACUUCAGGGAAAGGUUCUGGGACUGAUUGGUGGCAGUGGUGGCAUCGGCAGCAAGGUGGCAGCUCUUGCAGAGGCGAUUGGCAUGAAGGUUGUCAUUACAAGUCGAAGCCCAAAGCCCAAUGCGCUACCUCUGGAGGAGCUGCUGCGGACAAGUGACUUCGUCAGCUUGCACUGCCCUUUGAAUGCGGACACCAAGCACUUGAUCAACAAGGACACACUGAAGCUGAUGAAGCCAACUGCUUACCUCAUCAACACAGGCCGUGGCUCCUUGAUUAAGGAGCCUGAGCUCAUUGAAGCCCUGCAGAACAAGACGAUCGCAGGUGCUGGUUUGGAUGUGCAAGAGACAGAACCACCAGCAGCGGACAAUCCUUUGUAUAGCUUGGAGAAUGUCAUUCUGACCCCGCACAUUGGCUGGAAGCGCUUGGAGACGAGGCAGAGGCUCAUGGACAUUGUCGCAGACAACCUGACAGCCUAUCUGUCAGGUCAUGACAAAGACAAUGACAGACAGAUCCAUCGGGAUGAGUUUGAGUUGCUCAUGAAGAAUCCGGAGAUGCAUUUCGUGCUCACCAGAUUUGGAGUGAAUGUGGCAGACCUCCUUAACUUGAAAGAUGUCACAAACUCAGCCAUGCUGUUCGAGGAACGCUCAGAUGUCUACUGUGUUCUUUUUGAGGACAAUACGGAGCAAGAUGAAAACGACGAUGAGGACGAAGACGAGAACAAUUCGCAUGGCCUCAACACAGCGCGUCGGCGCUUGCGGAAGUUAAGCUUUCAAGAGUUCCUGGAGGUCGUCUUGCGUUUGAGAGGUGGCAACAGUGCCACCGUGACUGAUAUCGUGGACCUACGAGAAUACGUGCGACAGCGUUUUGACUGGAUGGAUCUGCGCGUGCAGCAUGCAUCAGUGGGAGGAACUCCGUCGCCGAAUGGGAAGCUAAGAACGAUGAAGUGGGAUGCCCAGUUCGGGGAGAGAGCUAGCCAAUUGAUUUGUCCUGUGCUCAGCCCAAAGGAGCCCCAAACUCCUGCGGAGCUACCACGGCUCUUGGGCGAGGAUCCAGAGACGCCCAAAACGCCCAAGCGAGUCUCCUUGGCGCUGGGGGACGAGAUCAAGUCACCGCGCUCGGAGGACUCUCCCGUUAAAAUGGGUCAACUUCCCAAGGCUUGCCUUCGCAAGAGCGCUCCAGCCAGUCCCUCCGGUGACCCUGUCAUGGCUAAGCUUGAGGAACUAUGUGAUGCACAACAACAGAUGUCCAGAAGGCAAACCACCAUGUAUGCAGAUCUCCUGCAAAAAUACGGCGAGCUUGCGGAGCAGGUGUAUGGCACGCGAGAGCAGCUUCAACAGAUGGCCGCAAGCCCACAGCGGGAGGAGGCCACUGCUUUGACUGAAGAUUCCGAGCGCCACUUGCACUAGCGGCACGGCGCCAGCGGCACUUGCCGACCAUCGGCGCACCCGGCCAUGCAGACGAGAGGAACAAAUGGCCGUGAGGGGCAUCAGUGACUGAUCAGGAGAAACCCUGGAUUUUUCAUGUUUUCUGCAUGUGUUUUUGCCCACAGAGUUGUUGAUUAC